GCACUAGCUGCUAAAGGAAUUGAUUCAAUGUCACUUAGCUCAUUGGAAAUGUCACCUUUAGCAUCCAAAAAUGCUAAAGAAAGAAGAAAUAGGCGAAAGAAAAAGAAGUCUCUGGGAGCAGAAGAGUAUGGGGAAGACCAAAGGAAUCCCAAGUCUGAAUACGAUGAAGGUCAGAGAAGAAUGACUCUCCUUGGCAUUAGUUAUGGUCCCAGUGCAAACUUGGUGAAGCGCAGAACCAGCCACGGAAGCGUAUUCAGUUUCCGACUCCGUGGCAAAGACACUGGCUCCGAAACAGAUUUUGCCGAUGAUGAGAUCAGCACUGCUGGGGAGAAUGAAAGCCACCGAGGCUCUCUCUUAAUUCCAAGAUCUGGGAGGCGUCCGAGCGUGCAAAGUCAAGUGAGCCAUAGUUCUCACCCUGCUACUCCCAACUGCAUCCAGACGGGCAAAAGGAACAGCUCAGUGGAUUGCAAUGGUGUGGUUUCCCUGAUAGGAGGAGGCAUCGGGGCACUCAACCCAGACCCUACUUCUCCUGCAGGGUUACUGCUCCCCCCAGUUAUUAUGGAAAAACCUGGGACAGGCGACCUGACCUCUCCCUCCGACGAGGCGAGCAAGAGGCAGCUCCUGAUGCCCCACCGCCCGUCCGUGGACCACUCCGACGAGCCAUUCCAGAGGCAGCGGGCGGUGAGCGCUGUCAGCAUCAUCACCAGCGCCCUGGAAGAGCUUGAGGAAUCACACCAGAAAUGCCCUCCAUGCUGGAACCAUUUUGCAGUUAAAUUUCUCAUUUGGGAUUGCUGCCCGCUUUGGCUUUUAAUCAAGAAAUUUGUCAAGUUCGUGGUAAUGGAUCCGUUUACCGACCUCACCAUCACCCUCUGCAUUGUGCUGAACACACUCUUCAUGGCCUUGGAGCAUUAUAAGAUGACGAAGGAGUUUGACCACAUGCUUUAUAUAGGCAAUUUGGUCUUCACUGGGAUUUUUACAGCAGAAAUGAUCUUCAAAAUAAUUGCCCUUGACCCCUACUACUAUUUUCAGCAGGGCUGGAAUAUUUUUGACAGCAUAAUUGUCAUACUAAGUCUGAUGGAACUGGGCUUAUCCAGCAUGGGAAACCUGUCUGUUUUGCGCUCUUUUCGAUUGCUGCGAGUCUUCAAAUUGGCAAAGUCCUGGCCGACCUUGAAUACGCUUAUUAAAAUCAUUGGUAACUCAGUGGGUGCCCUAGGUAACCUUACUCUCGUGCUGGCAAUCAUCGUUUUUAUUUUUGCGGUGGUGGGAAUGCAGCUUUUUGGGAAAAGCUACAUGGACAACGUCAAGAAGAUAAGCACAACUGGCAAUUUACCACGUUGGCACAUGAACGAUUUCUUCCAUUCAUUCCUCAUUAUAUUCCGAAUUCUCUGUGGGGAGUGGAUCGAGACCAUGUGGGACUGCAUGGAAGUAGCUGGGCAACCACUGUGCCUUCUCGUCUUCUUGUUGGUCAUGGUGAUUGGAAACCUAGUGGUGCUCAACCUCUUCCUUGCCUUGCUGCUAAGCUCUUUCAGUGCUGACAACCUCUCGGCACCUGAUGAGGAUGGAGAGAUGAACAACCUACAGCUUGCUUUUGCACGGAUCAACAGGGGACUUCAAUAUGUGAAGCACACAACGUGGGAUUUUUGCUGCAGCGUCCUCCGGCAUCCCAAAACAACUGCUGAAAAAAAGGCAAUGAUGAAACUUGCUGCCCAGAAUACAGGUGCUCUCAACAACUGCGUGAACAGCCACACAACUACCGAGCUUGGCAAAGACAUGGAGAGCUACAAGGAGAACCACACUGAGGAUGGCAUGAAUAAAAACGGGGAGAAACACCUGGGAAUUAUGGACAACGAUGAUUUCAUGACCAAUCCUGACCUGUCCAUUUGUGUUCCUAUUGCUGUGGGAGAGUCUGAUAUCGAGGAGGAAGAUGAGGAGCAGAGCACAUUUACGGAAAUGGAACAGCUUGAUGAAAUCAGUCUUUCUGAAGGCAGCACAGUGGAUUUGACAAAUCCUGCAGAACUGCUGGAGCAGAUCCCUGAGUUUGCCGAGGAGCUGAUGGAGCCUGAAGAUUGCUUCCCUGAAGUUUGUGUCCGAUUCUUCCCCUGCUGUUCAGUGGACGUCACGAAGUUUCCAGGCAAAAUUUGGUGGAGGCUGCGGAAAACCUGCUACAGAAUCGUUGAGCACAACUGGUUUGAAACUUUCAUCAUAUUCAUGAUCCUGCUGAGCAGCGGAGCCCUGGCUUUUGAAGAUAUUUACCUGGAAGACCGAAAAAAUAUAAAAACCAUGUUGGAAUAUGCUGACAAAAUAUUCACGUACAUCUUUGUCUUGGAGAUGCUUUUGAAAUGGGUGGCUUAUGGCUUCAAGAAGUAUUUCACCAAUGCCUGGUGCUGGCUUGACUUUCUCAUCGUAGAUGUCUCUUUAAUAAGCCUCAUAGCUAAUACACUUGGAUACUCCGAGAUGGGUCCCAUUAAAUCCCUCAGGACCCUGCGAGCUUUGAGACCAUUAAGAGCCUUGUCACGAUUUGAAGGGAUGAGGGUGGUGGUCAAUGCCCUCGUGGGAGCCAUCCCUUCCAUCAUGAAUGUCCUGCUCGUCUGCCUCAUCUUCUGGCUUAUCUUCAGCAUCAUGGGAGUGAACCUGUUUGCUGGAAAGUUUGGGAAGUGCAUUAACAAGACAGAAGGAGAUAUGCCUUUAGACUCCAAAAUCAUUAACAACAUGAGUGACUGCAUACUCUAUAAUGUAUCCGGCACAUUUUAUUGGACAAAAGUUAAAGUUAACUUUGAUAACGUUGGUGCUGGGUACCUGGCUCUGCUACAAGUGGCAACUUUUAAAGGUUGGAUGGAUAUUAUGUACGCAGCAGUGGAUUCACGAGAGUGUGAGGAGCAGCCUGAAUGGGAAUGUAAUUUAUACAUGUACCUGUAUUUCGUGAUUUUCAUCAUCUUUGGUUCUUUCUUCACGCUGAAUCUCUUCAUAGGUGUCAUUAUUGACAAUUUUAACCAACAAAAGAAAAAGAUAAGUGGACAAGAUAUUUUUAUGACAGAAGAACAGAAAAAGUAUUAUAAUGCAAUGAAAAAACUGGGAUCUAAGAAACCUCAAAAGCCAAUCCCAAGGCCACUGAACAAAUACCAAGGUUUUAUUUUUGAUGUUGUCUCAAAACAAGCCUUUGAUGUCUCCAUCAUGAUCCUCAUCUGCCUUAACAUGGUUACCAUGAUGGUGGAAACAGAUGACCAAAGCCAAGAAAAAGUGAACAUCCUCCACAAAAUAAACAUGCUUUUUGUUGCCAUCUUCACUGGAGAAUGCAUCAUUAAAAUGGUUGCUUUGCGACACUACUACUUCACCAAUGGCUGGAACAUAUUUGACUUUGUCGUUGUGAUUCUCUCUAUUGUAGGCACCGUGCUUUCUGACAUCAUCCAGAAAUACUUUUUCUCUCCUACGCUCUUCAGAGUCAUUCGCUUGGCUCGGAUCGGCCGGAUCCUAAGACUCAUCCGGGGAGCCAAAGGAAUUCGAACUCUCCUUUUUGCCUUAAUGAUGUCCCUGCCUGCUCUGUUCAACAUCGGCCUCUUGCUUUUUCUGGUCAUGUUCAUUUAUGCCAUUUUUGGCAUGGCUAACUUUGCCUAUGUGAAGAAGGAGUAUGGGAUCGAUGAUAUGUUCAACUUCCAAACCUUUGCUAACAGCAUGCUCUGUCUCUUCCAAAUCACAACAUCAGCUGGCUGGGAUGGUCUUCUUAAUCCUAUUUUAAACACCGGACCACCGUAUUGUGACCCAAACCUCCCAAAUGCAAACGGUUCGAAGGGAGACUGUGGAAGCCCUGCUGUAGGGAUUUUAUUCUUCGUUACUUAUAUCAUUAUAUCAUUUCUCAUUGUUGUAAACAUGUACAUAGCCAUUAUUUUAGAGAACUUCAGUGUAGCCACUGAGGAAAGUACAGAGCCUCUAAGCGAGGAUGAUUUUGAUAUGUUCUAUGAAAUCUGGGAAAAGUUUGAUCCUGAAGCCACUCAGUUUAUUGAGUAUUCUGCACUUUCAGACUUUGCAGAUGCACUGUCAGAACCUUUGCGCAUAGCGAAACCAAACAAAAUUAAACUCAUAGCAAUGGACCUGCCCAUGGUCAGCGGAGACAGGAUCCAUUGCUUGGAUAUUUUGUUUGCUUUUACAAAAAGGGUGCUAGGGGAAUCUGGGGAGAUGGAUGCUCUUAAAAUACAGAUGGAAGAAAAGUUCAUGGCAGCGAAUCCAUCCAAGAUCUCUUAUGAACCGAUUACAACCACUCUCAGGCGGAAACAAGAAGAGGUGUCGGCCAUCGUCAUCCAGCGGGCCUACAGGAGACACUUGUUUCGGCGCUCCAUGAAGCAGGCUUCCUACUUGUACCGGCACAGAACUUUUGACAGCAGCAUCCUUGAGGACGAUGCACCCGAGAAGGAGGGUCUCAUCGCAUUCAUGAUGAAUGAAAACUAUGGCAGGCCAAUAGAUAAAUCCGAGACUCUGUCCUCCACGUCUUUCCCUCCAUCCUACGACAGCGUCACCAGAGGUACCAGUGACAACCUCCAGCUGAAGGUUACGGACUCCAGCAGAAGCGAUGAGGCUAUAGAUUGUCUGCUCUCGCCCGACAGAGAUAAAGAAUCAAUUGUUUAAAUGGUUGUUUAGAAUGCUUUAAAACAUUGUUUACAGAAUGUAAUGCUGUAACUACACAACGACUGAAGCAGCCUUCUUAUUAAACAUUAGUUGCAAAAGAAGCAAUGGAGUUUUUACCCUUAACUACAGGAGUCUAAUAAGUCAUAUAACCUCUGACCCUGUUUUUUUUGACUUGGCUCAAUAUUUAUAUAUGCACAGGACGAAUCUCUGCAGGGUCAAAGCUGUUAUAUCAAUGGCGUGAAUAUGAAUAUGCUAGACUGUAAAACAGUAAACACAGUGUAUAUCUAUCCACAGAUAAAGCCUGGCUGUAUACAUUCAUUUAAGGUCUUACUCAUAUUAGUGUGUUUACUUAUGGCGAUGUAUGACCUUGCAUUCUGAAAAGAAAAAAAAAAUAUA